CGUAUCGAAGCGGAUCCGGAUGUUUCAUCCCGCACAUGCUCAGUUUGUGGCUAUCAGGGGAAAUGGGUCUCGGAGAUGAUCCGACAUAAGCGUGUUCACACCAACGAGCGUCCGUUUCGAUGCAAAUACUGCUCAAGGACGAGCAAGUGGAAAGCCGAUUUGAUCAGACAUGUUGCCAGUCAGUUUGCACUUUCCAGCCCAGCAAUGCUUUUGAAACACAUGGUAUCCGAGUGGUUUCAAAGUACAGCCGAAGCAAAUUCGAUAGUACGCCGAAUGUUGCGCUGGAUUUGGCCACCAAUAGAACUGAAUUGA